AUGUCAUCGGAUACGCAGUCGAUUCAACUUGCCCCCUUCCGAUCCCGUGGAUCUGCAUCUAAUGAAGGCGCCAACCGGAAAAGUGUCAAAAGCAGGAUGGAGGAUGCAUCCGAUUACCCACAUGCCAAUGUCGUUCAGCAAUUCUUAAACGGUUGGAUUAGUGCGUUGAAUAGUGGAACCAUCGUGAGCUCCCUGUUGUCAGCCGUUGCCACUGCCUUCUUCGUCCAUAUUCGAGAACUCGUCAAAUCGCCUUUGCCUGGCCCCCCAGCAGCAACGAAUGCCCUUCUCGUCUUCGCCUAUGCGUCCAUCUUAGCCAAUUGCACUGCAGCCAUCGUUUCGUUCUAUCUCGCAAACUACCUUCUCUCCAUUCCCUUGAAGAUUGCUGAGAAGAUUUACAACUAUGAAGACGAGGAACGUAGUAACCCACGUGGUGCCCUCUUCGAUUACGUCACAAGGCGUAUAAACUGGUCCGAGUGGGGCAUAUCUCGAGCAUACUGGAUAUUCACCGCAUUCCUUGGAUUCUUUUCUGUGUUCAUAGAGCUUGCUCUCUAUGGAUAUAUAUUCGAAACCAAUCCACACAUAAGGGUCGCACUCGGAUUUUUGACCACGAUGGGGGUCAUCCCGCUGGUGAUAUUCGCAUUAAACGUUAUAGGUAUCACGGAUCCAUUUGUGAACGGACAUUCGAAUGGACAAUCAUCUAGUCCACUGUGUCCAGAGUGUGGCCGCCUACCCCAACCGGGCCUACCUUGUCCGCACUGUGGCUACUCUACCCACUCGGAUCCAUCAGGACCGGUGGGUAAUGUGACGAGCACUGGCACUCCUUAG